AAAAGAGCAAAGUAAACAAUUCCUGCCUUUGUACAUGAACUUAAGCAAUAAAAGUUAAAGUUUUAUUUACAUUAUUGGCAAUUGCGAGCCUCCCCCCCAAGUUGCGCCUGCGCACGGGGACGGGCGAAGUUGUUAGUAUCGAGCCUGCGCCGGCGUGCUUGACGCACAAACGUGGACCAACAAACAAAAAUGCAGUUUAAAUUAUUUAUAGUGACGUGUGUGCUCCACUAUACCGCCGGCGAACAUUAUAAAACUAAACCAAAUUUCGUCAAAACAUGUUUGAAAAGUGAUCCUGAUUUUGAUGAUUGCUCGCGAGAAGCGGUGCAACAGUUAUUCGACGCCCUGGGCCCAGGUCUACCAGAAAUCGGGUUGCCACCAUUAGACCCAUUGAAGAUUCCUAAAAUCCGAAUACUACAAGGCGACGGUCCUGUGAACGUGAAUGCGGCGUUGGACGAUGUUAUCGUGACGGGUUUCGGCAAAACACAAGUGCUAUCGAGCCAAGUGGAUGGCAAAACGUAUGAUUUUUAUACUAGAGUUCGUGUUCCGAAAAUGAGAAUAGAAGGCACGUACGACCUUAGAGGGAAAAUUCUGUUGAUCCCCUUAGUUGGUCGGGGAAUAUGCUGGUUUGAGCCAAGUAAUAUGACAAUCGACAUCGUAAGUGAUGUUAAAUUGUACGAAAAAGAUGGUUUUACAUUUUUCAAUGUGACUGCAGCUCAUGUAAAAUAUGCAAUUGGGGGCCUAAAAUUGCGUAUGAACAAUCUUUUUGAUGGCAUCAAGUCAUUGGAGGACAGUACCAACGCGUAUUUGAACGAGAACUGGCGGCCUGUUUCCGAGUCUCUUAGACCAAUUCUUUCGAAAACUAUAGAAGACAUUCUUUUAGGGUUCAUGCAGCAGUUAUUCCAUAAUCUACCAGGCAAUUUUAUGGUAGGUGACAUCAAAAAUAAUUCGGUUAGCAAAAAACUCGAUACUACAAAUAAAAAAGUUUGAUAUUAUGAUUUGUUCAUCACAUUGAUGUAAUAAUUUAAUUUACAGUGCAUUAUUAUUAUGUUGACUAACUACCAUCAAAUACUCUGGGGUCGCUUAAACCGUUAUGUACCUAAAUUUAAGUGAUACAAUAGGCUAGUUUCCAACUAGUCAAAUCAGUUACUUUUUACUAAACGUCAAAACUCAUAAUUACUAUGGAAUUUGUAUAAAAAAGCACAUUGUGACGUCAUAGAAGAACGUGAUAAAAUUACGCACUUAUUAUUGCGUUUUUCUUGACUAAAUCUCAAAGAUAAGUUAAAUAGAAAAAAGUUUUUUGUCAGCUUUAAAUCUGUCUUUAUUUUGUAAUCAGAAUUUCAUAAUUUAUCAUUGACCUAGGAAACUACCCAAUUGUAGGUAAAGAGGAAUAAAAACUGUAUUUAAUUUAGUAAUCACUAUCUUACAAUUAAUGCAGAUUGCGUGAAUUUUAUUAUUUAGUUCGUAAGACUAUCAAAUGGUAAUUAAGUCGAUUGACUAAUUAUAAUUAUUUGAAUAGUGUUUAUAACAUAUUCUGUAUUAUAUUUUUACUGUUUUAUAAAACUAAACUGUAAGCGUUAAAGACGGGCUCCUUGGAGCGAUCUCAUUGGUAUAUUAUUCUUUUUUGAAAUGUCAUUUUAUUAUAUUCUUUUGUUUUUUCUGGUAAUGUUAGGUCUUUUCAUUAAAUUCAGCUAUAAAUUCAGCACGUAUACACAUACGCAUGUAUACGUACUCACAACAAUAAUUAAAAACGUUUAAGUAAUGUUUGAGUAUUUGUUGUCUUUAUACGUAGUGUAAAUUAUUUGUGAAGAGAAAAUAUUUUGAUAAAGGAAGUGAUCCGAAAAGACGAUACCAAAAUCAGAAUAUAAUACUUAAUUGAUUAAUGAGUUACAAGUACCUUAUUACUAUUAAAUAAAUGUAGUGAAAUAAUAGAUAGUGACAAAAUUGGACUAUAGUUAUAGAGUACUAAUUUUGUAAAUAACUUUUGUCUACUAAUAUUAUUUGUACAUUCGGAACUAAAAUAAGUAAAAGGUAAAAAAGCAAUGUGACUGAGAUUUUGGAAAUAAAUCUUUAAUAUUUAAAGGA